CCAGGAUAUCCUGUCAAGCUCGCCCACACGUCUGUUGCCGCCGCUGCUGCGAAGCUCCUCUCCUACCAGACCCACCGCCCGAUACCCUCCAAAUCUCAAGCAUCCAAUGGCGUUACGCCUCUCCAUCUCCUCGUCUCACGGGCCGGCCUCCUCGCCGGCCAUCUCCACAUGCCGCCCGGCCGCCUGCGGACGCUUCCCAGCCUUGCUCGGCAGCACGGCAGCGUCCCAGAAGAGGAGUCUGACGGUGAUGACGGGCUCCGAGACAAGGGGAGUGACCCCGGUGAGGUCAAGCAGCUUGGAGACAACCUCGGCGGGAUCUGAGGCGGUGACCGGAACGGUGACGGAGGUGAACAAGGACACCUUCUGGCCAAUCGUCAAGGCGGCAGGAGAGAAGGUCGUCGUCCUCGAUAUGUACACCCAAUGGUGCGGCCCUUGCAAGGUGAUGGCACCGAAAUUCCAGGAGAUGUCUGAGAAGAACCUAGAUGUUGUGUUUCUCAAGCUCGAUUGCAACCAGGACAACAGGCCUCUUGCCAAGGAGCUGGGUAUAAGGGUUGUACCAACAUUCAAGAUUCUCAAGGAUGGGAAGGUGGUCAAGGAGGUCACUGGUGCGAAGAUUGAUGAGUUGGUUCAUGCCAUCGAGGCAGUGAAGUCAAGCUGAGAAUAUGCCCUGAAAAAAAGUGGUGCAAUUAGCAUUCUAUCACUAUUGCUAGUGUACACUAGGGGAUGAGCCACCCCUUUGUGGAAGCGGAUAAUCAACAUGCAGAAAAAAAUUUAUUCUAGAUCUUCUGCUUAUGAUUUACCUAUCAAGACAAAUAUACACUCAUUCAUGUGGAGUGCACGUUGUAAAUAAUCAUUUCGUAUUUCAUGAGGAUACUGCUUCUUUCUGAUGUUAAUAA